UAAAAGUCUUCCUUCGCGAAAACGAUUUCUCCCUCUGCUGCGGUGCUCUUCCCAGUCUUAAAUCGCUGAUAUAUUCUACUUGCCGGCCACCCCAGUGAUCAGCAUCGUCACGCACGCCACGGCCUGGUGUUCGCUCAGCAGGUUCAGUCCUCACGCCCCCUCUCGAGAAUCAGUUGUUUCUUUCGGUUAUUCUCUCUCUGUGGACAUUGGAUUGAGUUCACAGAGUAUCGAGUGGAUUCUGAAUGAAACGAUUGAGUUAUUUUAAUUUUUUAAAUUCGUGGGUUCUAUGUAUUAAUUGACCAUUUAUAUUUAUUAAAUUUCUUAUAUUAAAAAAGAGGACUCAUGUAUUUGAGGAAAUUCUACUGAAAAUUUCACAAUUUCGCGUUCCGAACGCCUGGGGUUGCAAUUAGAAGAUAUAAGACGAUCACCGGCUCUGGUAGGGGAUGGGCAUUUACGCCGCCGCCGGCGCCUCCUUUCUAAUCACUAAAUUCCGAUUGCCACGGUGAAGAUAUUUGCCAUUCACCGACUCCGGCCAGGGACAAGGCCGUUUACACCGACUCUGCUGCUUCUUCAAAACCCAGCUCUCGAGGUUUAUCCUUCAGUAAAUCCAUCCCUCUAGCUAAAACCCUGCAGCAUUUUGUGAACUUCGGAACCCUAGAACUCUCUCCAUCUACCGUAGAAGUUAAGGUUUCCAACCGCACAGAAUGCCGAAGGUCUAUGGAACUGGUGUGUAUGAUUUCAAGCGUCACAGAGUGGCGGAGUACCCCGUCGAAUCCAAUCAGGUCGACGACAAUCCCGUUGAGUCUAAGCCCGGCGCGGCACUGCCAAACACGAUAACACUAUCGGAGAUUCAACGAGACCGGCUAACGAAGAUUGCGGCGGCGAACUGGUCGAAAGUAAGGGACCCCUCGAAGCCUAAGAAGCCCUUUGAUCCAGAGUUGGUAAAGAAGAUUUACGAGACGGAGCUGUUGGUUAAAGAGGGCCGGAAAACCGUUCCGCUGCAGAGGGUGAUGAUUUUGGAGGUCAGUCAGUAUUUGGAAAACUAUCUGUGGCCCAAUUUUGACCCGGAGACUGCGACGUUCGAGCAUGUAAUGUCGAUGAUACUCAUGGUUAAUGAAAAGUUUAGAGAGAAUGUUGCAGCUUGGGUAUGUUUUUAUGAUCGGAAGGACGUCUUUAAGGGGUUUCUUGAGAGGGUUCUUCGACUGAAGGAGGGAAGAGAUAUAAGCAUUGCAGAGAAGACAAAUUAUCUUGUUUUUAUGAUUAAUGCCUUUCAGAGCUUGGAGGAUGAGAUUGUCAGUGAGACUGUAUUGAGAAUAGCAGGUCUGCAGUCUUGGCACAGUUUAUCUUAUGGUCGUUUUCAGAUGGAACUUUGUCUUAAUACUGAUGUAAUAAAGAAAUGGAAAAGGAUGAUAAAGAGAGAGGCUAAAGAGUUUAUUAAACGAGGGGAGGUUUUUGAUCCAUUGUCAACUACUGAAGCGAAGUUCUUGAGAAACCUAAUCGAGGAGUUCCUGGAGGUUCUGGAUGGCGAAGUCUUCCCUCAGAGUAAUUCAGGUGAUGGAAAUGAUCAGUUUGUUGGUGUCAAUGGCUUGACAGAGGGAGACAAUGCUUGCAUUUUGUAUUGUGAGAGGUUCAUGGAGUUUCUGAUUGACCUUUUAAGCCAGCUCCCUACAAGUAGAGCUUCUUGCAUUUAAGAAGAUUCCCAAGCUGCGGGAACUUGCAUUGGCCAAUGUUGGUUCAAUUCAUAGACGUGCUGACCUUGCCAAGAAAUUAUCUGUGCUCUCUCUUUCGGACCUGAAAGAUUUGGUUUGCUCUAAGCUCAAGUUAGUGUCAAAAGAAGAUCCUUGGUCAGACAGAGUUGAUUUUUUGAUUGAGGUCGUGGUUUCCUUUUUCGAGAAGCAGCAGUCUCAAAAGGAAGCUAUCAAUGCACUUCCACUUUACCCAAAUGAAGAGAUAAUGUGGGAUGAGAGCGUUGUGCCAAGCAUUAAUUACUCGGGUGAAGGCUGCUUGGCUCUUCCAAAGUUAAAUUUACAGUUUUUAACACUCCAUGAUUAUCUACUGAGAAAUUUCAAUCUCUUCCGCCUGGAAUCAACUUAUGAGAUCCGUGAAGAUAUUCAGGAAGCUGUACCCCAUCUCCUUGCCUACAUUAAUAAUGAAGGACAAACUGCUUUUCGUGGCUGGUCGAGAAUGGCUGUUCCUAUUAAAGAAUUCAAGAUUACUGAGGUAAAGCAGCCAAAUAUUGGGGAAGUUAAGCCUUCAUCUGUGACUGCAGAUGUCACUUUUAGCAUUUCCAGCUACAGAGCCCAAAUAAGAUCUGAAUGGAAUGCUCUUAAGGAGCACGAUGUUUUAUUUUUACUUUCUAUUAGUCCUUCAUUUGAGCCUUUAAGUUCAGAGGAAGCUGACAAGGCUAGUGUUCUUCAACGUCUCGGCCUUCAGUGUGUACGUGGAUGUGAAAUUAUUGAAAUUCGUGAUGAAGAGGGAACUCUCAUGAAUGACUUUACUGGGAGAAUUAAACCGGAUGAGUGGAAGCCUCCUAAAGGGGAGUUGAGAACUGUAACUAUUGCUUUAGAUACAGCUCAGUAUCAUAUGGAUGUCAGUGCUAUUGCAGAGAAGGGUUCAGAAGAUGUUUAUGGGACAUUUAAUGUCUUGAUGAGGAGGAAACCCAAGGAAAAUAAUUUCAAAGCAAUACUAGAAUCUAUCAGGGAUCUUAUGAAUGAAUAUUGUAUAGUUCCGGAUUGGUUGCAUAAUAUUCUUCUUGGUUACGGGAAUCCUUCUGCUGCUCAAUGGACUAACAUGCCAGAUCUUUUGGAAACAGUAGAUUUCAAAGAUACAUUUAUUGAUGCCGAUCAUUUGAAAGAAUGUUUUCCGGAUUAUCAGGUCUGUUUUACUGAUCCAGAUGGUGAGGAGAUUUUGCACCCAAGUCCCCCUUUCCGGAUUAGACUUCCUAGAGUCCUUAAAGGUGGCAGUCAUGCCCUUCCAGAGAGCAAGAAGUCUUCAAGUGUUCCAAAGAAUGAUGUCAACAUGAUGGAUGCAUGUGGUGAGAAGGAGAAGCUUAUAGUUGAGGCGUAUACACCUCCUGACCCUGGUCCUUAUCCUCAAGAUCAGCCUAAGCAGAACUCUGUCAGAUUUACUCCAACACAGGUAGGAGCAAUCAUCUCUGGUGUUCAACCUGGGUUAACCAUGGUUGUUGGUCCACCUGGUACUGGAAAGACUGACACGGCCGUUCAAGUCCUAAAUGUUCUUUAUCACAAUUGCCCUUCACAGAGAACAUUGAUAAUCACUCACUCAAAUCAAGCUUUGAAUGACUUAUUUGAGAAGAUAAUGGAGAGGGAUGUUCCUGCCCGUUAUCUCCUUCGUCUUGGUCAAGGUGAACAAGAGUUGGCAACUGAUCUUGAUUUCAGCCGGCAAGGGCGUGUCAAUGCGAUGCUUGUGCGAAGGUUGGAAUUGCUAAGUGAAGUGGAGAGGCUGGCAAGAUCUCUCCAACUUCCUGAAGAUGUUGGUUAUACUUGUGAAACUGCCGGAUACUUUUGGUUACUGCAUGUGUAUUCGCGCUGGGAGCAAUUCAUAGCUGCCUGUGCCGGAAAUGAGGAUAAACCAAAUUUUGUUCAAGAGAGAUUUCCCUUCAAGGAAUUCUUCUCAAAUGCACCAAAUCCAGUUUUCACAGGUGAAUCUUUUGACAAAGAUAUGUGGGCAGCUAAGGGAUGUUUUCGUCAUCUAAAGACAAUGUUUCAGGAGCUUGAAGAGUGUAGAGCUUUUGAAUUACUCAAGUCCACAGCUGAUCGUGCAAACUACUUGAUGACUAAGCAGGCAAAGAUCGUUGCAAUGACUUGCACUCAUGCUGCCCUAAAGAGGAAGGAUUUUCUUCGUUUAGGUUUCAAGUAUGAUAAUUUGCUGAUGGAAGAAAGUGCACAAAUAUUGGAAAUUGAAACUUUUAUUCCAAUGUUGCUUCAGAGGCAGGAAGAUGGUUAUGCACGUCUCAAACGCUGCAUUUUAAUUGGUGAUCACCAUCAGUUGCCACCAGUCGUGAAGAAUAUGGCUUUCCAAAAGUACAGCCAUAUGGAUCAAAGUUUAUUUACAAGGUUUGUUAGAUUGGGUAUUCCUUAUAUCGAACUCAAUGCUCAAGGUCGAGCCAGGCCAAGUAUAGCCAAGCUUUACAACUGGAGAUAUAGAGAAUUGGGAGAUCUUCCCUAUGUAAAGGAGGCAGCCAUGUUUCAUAGAGCAAAUGCUGGAUUUUCUUAUGAUUAUCAGCUAGUGGACGUGCCAGACUACCAAGGGAGGGGUGAGACUGCUCCUUCUCCGUGGUUUUAUCAGAACGAGGGGGAAGCUGAAUAUGUUGUUAGUGUGUAUAUUUAUAUGCGUUUACUAGGGUACCCUGCAAAUAAGAUCUCCAUCUUGACAACUUACAAUGGCCAGAAACUUCUAAUCCGAGAUGUUAUUAAUCGUAGAUGUGUACCAUACAACUUCAUUGGUGCCCCUAGCAAGGUGACCACAGUUGAUAAGUUUCAAGGUCAGCAGAAUGAUUUUAUAAUACUGUCUCUUGUUCGAACCCGCUUUGUGGGGCACCUUCGAGAUGUUAGAAGAUUGAUUGUGGCCAUGUCUCGUGCUCGGCUUGGUUUGUAUGUAUUCUGCCGCCGGUCUCUGUUUGAACAAUGUUAUGAACUGCAGCCAACAUUUCAACUUCUGCUUCAGAGGCCUGAUCGCCUUGGUCUCAAUUUGAAUGAGAUAACAUCUUAUACUGAACGCAAUGUUGCAGACACCGGUCCUAUUUACCAUGUUAGCGGUAGUGAGGAGAUGGCCACCAUUCUGGAACAGCUUUAUCAGAUCCGGAUCAGCAGCCAGCAAUUUGAUGGGUAUGCCGCUCAUCCGGGGCAGCUCGCUAUUAACGAUGACAUACAGCAAAAUGCUAUGGAUACAGAACAAGCUGAUGGUGUUGCAGGCACCACCAUGGAAGCUACAAAGACCAAUGGUCGUGUGAAUGGCACAGAUGGAGAAUCUACACUUGAAAAUGGUUCAAUUGGGAAUGAGGCUAACGAAGACGGAAAGGAAGAACCUAUGCUCGAGGAUAGUUCAACCCGAAAUGAGGAUAAUGAGGCUAACAAAGAUGAUGGAAAGAAUGAGGAGCCUAUGUUCGAGAAUAGUUCAACCCAGAAUGAGGAUAAUGAGGCUGAUCAAAAUGAUGGUAAUAUCGCACCACAGGAUAGUAAUUCUGAUGUAACAACCACAAUGGAAGAAUGAUAUUGCUUGAAGUACUUUUGCUGAUGGAAUUGCUUUUCUAAAAUUUGAAAAAUACGAUUCACGUCUAAUGUCGACAUAAAGAUGCUGUCUCACCGUUGGAUGACAUUGGCAAUUUGGGAAGUUGGACUAACAGAGAUGACUUAACUUCACAGACGAUCAAUGAUUCAAAACAAGUGAGAAUUUUGAGCUGAUCAAUCACUCUCCAUCUUGCUGUCCAAAAGACAUAUCUUCAGUAGARGCACGAUAUCGAUACAGACCAUCCUCAGGAUGAAAGAUGCCAAGCUGAUUGUGGUUUAAUCCCAUUUCUGGCUAUGCUCAGUAUUGGGUGUUGUGUACAAUUGACUUGUAAAAAUUUACAUUUAAGCUUUAAUUCUGUAGCAUCAAAGUUUUGAUUUUGAAAUAGAGUAGCAUGAGUUUAGAAAAAUGUCGAUUUGGUAGUCAUCUUAUCUUUGUGCAUUUGAUUGAAAUUCUACAUUCACAGCAAUUUCUCUCUGGUUUCACUCCGAUUUUGACUGAACCAUGCAGUUAUU